AUGACAGGAGCUGCAGUAGACACCCCUCCGGGGUCCACCACACCCGCCCCUACCGAUCUCCGCCCAUCGGUCCCGAUACUUUCAUCCAUUGAUGGAGAAGCCGCGUUCCGGUCCGCUUGGGCUAACGACGCCCCAGGCAUCAUGCGGGAAGUCUGGGCCCUUAGCCAAGCCGUAACCAACAUGCACGAGGAAAUCGUGAGGCUCCGCCAAACCGCCAUCACAACUGCCAACACCACGAACUCACACAUCGAAACCCUGCAAACCCGCCUGAGUAACUCCCUCAUGGAAUCGAACGAUAAAGAUGAUACAAUCUCCCACAUGGAAGGACAAAUAGAGGCGUACAAAGCCAUAGCGGCCACUGGAGGAAGCCAUCGCCACCGCUCCGCUGAGCACCCCAAGCCCGAUGCAUUCAGUGGAGAGAAUCCCAAGGAUCUACCAGAAUUCUUACAGAAACUCGAACUCAAAUUGCAUAUGAACAGAGACUGGUGGGCAGACGAAACAGAACGAAUGGGGUUCGUCAUUUCAUGCCUCAGUGGGGACGCCCACGCCCAGGUCAGUUACAACGUAUCACACGGAAUCGUCCAGUUUGCAAACGUCGAGGCCAUCAUCACAACCUUGAAGACAGUUUAUGGCGAAAUCGACUCGGCCGCUACUGCGCAAAAAGAGAUAUAUGACAUGAAACAAGGUUAUAAACCACUUGCAAGCUUUCUGCCAAACUGGAUCGCAGUCGCCAAGCUCACCGAAUUCGAAGACAAAUCCCUGAUCUCUCACUUGAAACGUGCCCUCCACCCCGACAUCAUAUGGAGGCUCGUGGUCCUCAAAGCCGCACCGACCACUUUAGCGGAAUUCAUCGAACUAGUCAGGCAAUGCGACAGUGAGUGUCGUCAGCUCAACCCCCACUAUUAUAAGAAGAAACCCAGCAACAACCAUACCCUUACCGGCACGACUCCGGCCGCCCCUCCCUCCCAAACUCCGACAACUAUAAACGGAGGGGAUGCCAUGGAUUUGAACGCAGUCUCCUGGGAGGCUAAAGACGUAACUUCCGGGCGCAAACCUCGAACCUCGGAAGAAAGACAGGCACGCAAGGCCUAUUGCAUUGCGCAUGGACUCUGCAACUGGUGCUAUUCCCCGGACCACAAACCUCACGUCUGCCCCACGGCUCCUUGGAACAACCAAGAAAAAAAAGAGUAG